CUAUCUUGUGUUUCUAGUAUCUUUGGUGAUGCCUCCUGCUUGUACUAUGUUUUUUAAUAGGUACGGGUGAAAACUUUCUAUGUUUUAUGUGCUGUAGUAUCAUGAUGCAGUUGGACUAAAUCUAAACCUACCAAAACAGUACUGGUUUUAAAUACGCCUAAUUGUUAUUCUCAUGGAUUGACCUUUAGGUUCAAAUCAAAUAUGGCUCAAAAUAGCUGGAUAGAAACAUCAAUACUUAAAAAGGAAUGCAAGCUGUUUUCACCAAGUGGUAGAGAUUCUUACAGAUGUGGCUGUGGACGUUCCCAAGCUUUACACAGAGUGAGCAAGCAAAACAAAACAAGAGAAGCAUGGUCAACUAAAGUGAACACCAUAGAGCUUCCAACGGAUUCAUAUGGACAGAUGGAGUUUCAAGGAGGAGGACAUGGAAACAAAGCACAGUUUUUACGUCUGUCGGAUGAGACACCGAGUGAAACAAUAUACAAACUACUAUCCAAAACCUAUAAACUUGACAUCCCAAAUUUGGUAAUAUCUAUACGUGGUGGUUUUCGCAACUUUGACUUACAACCUAAACUAAAAUUAGUAUUAUGCAGAGGACUUAAAAAGGCAGCUAAAACAACAGGUGCUUGGAUUAUUACCACUGGUAUAAAUUCAGGUGUAACUCUGCAUUGUGGAGAAGCACUUGACAACCAUUCUGUCAAAAUGAGAGGGCGUGUUGUCACCAUAGGUAUUGCUCCAUGGGGAAUACUCAACAAGAAAGAAGCGCUCAUUGGAAAAGGAGUGUCAACCCCAUACCACACUGUUUCAUGCCCUCCAAGUAAAGGAGUCAAGUUGAACAGUCAUCAUACACACUUUUUACUGGUUGAUAAUGGUACAAUGGGUCAGUUUGGAACAGAAAUAGCAUUACGUUGUAAAUUUGAACAGUAUAUGUCUCAACAAAGACUGCCCUCAGGCCGAAUGUUACCUGUUAUUGCUGUAGUAAUAGAAGGUGGUGUUAAUACUAUACAUACCAUUAGGAAACAUGUGAACAGUAAUCCGCCAAUCCCUGUAGUUGUAUUUGAUGGCACAGGACGUGCAGCAGACAUACUUGCAUUUGCGUAUAAGUACACAAAUGAAGGAUCCAUGGACAGUAAUAUAGCAAACCAAAUGAUUGACACACUAGUUCAUACAUUCCAUUUGUCAACAGAGGGAGCCCAUAACUUGUUGAAAGAACUUAUAGAGUGCGUAAAGAAUAAAGAACUGGUAACUGUGUUUUGUCUAAGUGAUGAGGAAGAAGAGUUAGAUCUUGCCAUCCUUACAGCUCUUUUAAAGGCCCAACAGCAUGCCUUUACUGAUCAGCUUAGCCUGGCAAUGGCAUGGGAUAGGGUGGAUAUUGCUAAAACUCAGGUGUUUGUUUAUGGACGAGAAUGGCCGGAGGCAGCUUUAGAACAAGCGAUGCAAGAUGCAUUGAUGGCCGACCGUGUUGAAUUUGUCAGACUUCUUAAGGACAAUGGUGUGAACAUGCACAAGUUUUUAACAGUUAGAAGGCUAGAAGACCUUUACAAUUUUAAACAUGGUCCAUCUAGUAGUAUGCGGUAUCUUUUGAAAGAAAUAAGGAAGAUUGAUUCAAAUUCUACUCGCUGUACGUUGUACGACAUUGGUGUUAUUAUUGAGAAGCUUAUGGGAGGAAGUUACAGAUCGGUUUAUACAAAGAAAAAGUUUCGCAAUCUUUACCACCCAAGCAUGAAGAAGGGAUUUUCUUUUGGUAAUGAGUUGGAUAAAGAAGCGGACUCAUCAAUGAGGUAUUCAGGAACAUUUAGUUAUCCGUUCAAUGAACUUCUGGCCUGGGCAGUGCUAAUGAAGCGUCACAAGAUGGCUCUAUUUAUGUGGCAGCAAGAUGAAGAAGCUAUGGCAAAAGCGUUGGUUGCCAGUAAGCUAUACAAAGGAAUGGCAAGGGUAGCAGAACAUGUCCACCUUGAUACUGAAAUAGGUGAAGAACUAAGAAAGUAUUCAACAGAAUUUCAGAACUUGGCUCUUGAUCUAUUGGACCAGUGUUAUCGUCAGGAUGAUGACUUCACUAUGCAGUUAUUGACAGUACAGUUAAAGAACUGGAGUAAUCAGACUUGUCUAAGUCUGGCAGCUAUUGGCAACCACAGGGAGUUUACUGCACAUAUAUGCUGUCAACUACUGCUUAAUGAUCUUUGGCUUGGUGGCCUACAGCUCAGGAAGUAUAUGAACUUCAAGGUUCUGUUUGCAAUAUUUUUGCCACCAACUUUACUUGCUUUAACUUUUAAAACAAAAGAAGAACUACAACUUCAGCCUCAAACAUUGGAGGAGUUCAUCCAGGAGCAAAAAGAUGAAAUAGGUUCCUCAAAUUCAAUUCAAGAUUUGAAUGCAGAUGAGGAGCAGCAAGAUGGGAAUCACUUAGAAAUGAAAAAUCAAGAAAAUGGUGCUGCAUCUGGAAGAUUUCAACCAUUAGUUUCAAGUCCACGAAAUAUUCCAUCGCAACACAGAUCAUUAAGAGUUGGCAAGAAAAUAUAUGAGUUCUACAAUGCACCAAUAACUAAGUUUUGGACUCAAACUCUUACCUUCAUCAUGUUCAUGGGACUGUAUAGCUACAUUGUAUUGGUACCGACACCAGAGAAGCCUUCAUUAAAUGAAUGGAUUGUAGUUGUCUACAUUGUUACAUUUGCAGCAGAACAAAUUAGAGAGUUUGUUACAUCUGAGCCAAGCAAAGUAUUUCAAAAGGUAGAGGUUUGGUAUGAAGACUACUGGAAUAUUCAUGAUACUGUAGCAAUACUACUGUUUCUAAUGGGCUUUGGAUUUCGCAUGAAUUUACCAACGCUUCAAGCAGGCCGUGUUAUAUACUCUGUUGACAUUGUUUUUUGGUACCUGAAGUUUUUGGACAUUUUAAGUAUUAAUAUCUAUCUUGGACCGUUUGUAACAAUGAUGGGUAAAAUGAUGCGGGAUAUGGCUUAUUUCAUUGUCUUAUUAUUACUGAUUAUGCUGAGCUUUGGAGUAGUGCGUCAAUCCAUUACACAUCAGAAUAUGGAACCUAGCUGGUACAUGUUGCGCAAUAUUUUUCAUGAACCAUACUGGAUGAUCUAUGGGGAGGUGUAUGCACCAGAAAUCAAUCCUUGUGGGGAUGCGCCUGACCCAACAAGGUGUGUACCUGGACACUGGGUUGUACCAUCUGCUAUGGCAUUAUACUGCAUUGUUGCUAACAUUCUACUCAUUAAUCUUCUCAUUGCAACAUUUAAUAACACAUAUGCAAGAAUCCGUAGCAUAUCAGAUGUAGUUUGGAAAUUUCAACGUUAUCGUCUUAUCAUGGAGUAUGAACAAAAAUCAAUGAUGGUACCCCCAUUUGUUAUCUUUCAACACCUGUUUCUGUUCUUGCGAGCAUUUAUUUAUUGCUGUUGUAGAAAUCCCCGUCCAAGUCGAGACAAGGGACUAAAGCUUUUUCUACCAGAGGAAGAUAUCCGGAUACUGAAUGAUUUUGAAGAGGAAUGUAUGGAGCUUUAUUUCCGCAGCAAAGAGGCUCAGGUGAAGACAUCAAGUGAACAAAGGUUAAAGGUUACAUCUGAAAGGGUUGAGAAUGUGGAGCUAAAAUUGGAUGAGAUAAUCGCAAAAGAGAACUUGAUCAAAGUUAACUUGAAUUCCUUAGACACUCGGUUAAAUGCACUGGAGAGUGUGUGUUUCCAAACUGUGCACAGUGUUCGCUAUCUACAACAUCUCUUGACUGCUAUCUCUGUGGAUCUAUCUGAAAGUCGUGAUUCUGUUAGUGAGGCAGAAAAGAAAUCUAAUGAUGAUUCACCAACUAAACCAUCACAAAGAAAGAUGGCUUUGUCAGAGACAAUUCUUACACCAACAUCAACUGCAUCUUCUAAGGAAGCUUUGACUUACCUCUGGGAACAAUCUGUUAAUUAUGUGCCAAUAAAAGGCAAUGUAGACAGUAGGCAGGAUUCUUUAGGAAAUUCUGCAAAAAAACCAUCUGUUGAGAAAGAUAAAUUACAGUUACCAGUCAGUGAGGUGAGUGAGUUUGAAGGUGAACGAAUUCUUACUCCAGUUGUAGAAUCAACACCAGUGUCCUCUGGUAGAGAAAAUCUUUCACUGAUAGGUUUAACAGGUGUAAGAUCCAAAGCAAAGAAAAAAGUGAAAGCAAGUCAGGAACGCUUGAGUACAUUUGAAAGAUAUGCCUCAAUGAAUCCCCCCUCAAAAGCAGCAGUGGCAAGUCAAGAUACAGAAGCAGGGCCUAUCAAACGGCAGAUGGGCUUUGAGGAACCUGUUCAUUUGAGGGUUCCUACUAAACGUAAUGGUCUGUCGCACAUAGAAUCAGAGUCUAACUUGUCUAUUUAUAGCGAGUCUGGUUUAACUAAGACAUCUAUACGGCAAUCAACUCCUUACAGGGCUGCUCCAGCCUACAGCACUAUCACAGACCAUAUUGAUACAAGAGAGGUGGAUAGCCAAGCAAUGCUUGACCAGUCACAUGCAAUUAGCUUUGGAUAUUGGACAAUGACCGAUGGGGCUGGGACUUCAAGCCCAUAUGUUCACUCAUUAAGUCCAAACAUAAAUUCAACCAAUAUGUAUAGUGUGAACCAGUUGGAGAGGUGUCCGACACCGUUGAACAUACCAACACCCAGUAGUGAGACAAAUAGUGAAUUUGAUCCUGUCAGGAAUGAUGGAAAUCUAGAUGAUAAUGAUGAAGGAAUUAUGUUUUUAGCAAAUCCACAAAAUGAUGUCAGUCCAGAUGAAGCAGAAACAAGGUGCUGAAGAAUUACUAUGAUGCUUAAAUAAGUAAAUAUGAUUGAUGAUGUGUGCAGGGUCAAAUUAUUUAAACUUGUUACUCAAUGUAAAUGUAAUACGUGUGUAAACAAUAUUUGCAUUUAGUUGGUCUUGACUCACUAAUGUCUUAACUUAAAUACUUAUCGUUUUUAAGUCUCUGUCCUUCAUUAAGCUCAAUACUUUGUACUUAAUGCACAUUGAAAGCAUGUCAGUACUCCUUAUUGUACACAUGCUCAUUUCAAAGUAAUAUGAAUUAAGAAAAGUUUGCUUAGUAACAAAGUGAGAGCAACCCAGAAUAAAGAAAGGAUGGCCAUGAUUAUUGGGUGAAAUGGCCUCACACUCUUUAUGAGAGUAUAUUAUUUAUUUUAUUUUAUUUAAGCAUAAUCAGUGUUAGUUGUUGCUUAGUAAGAUGUACAGUAGUUUAGUAUUACACCUACAGUACAGUUAAACUUGCCUAAGUUGACUUUGCCUAACUCAAUAAUUUCCAAGUCGAUCUUAUUUUACAUGCCAAAUUGUUGUGUUUUCCAUUAAUUAACAAUCUGUAAGUCAAAUUUUAUUUAAGU